UAUUAGGUUUUUUUAUUUUUAUAUAUAUGGCUUUUCCAACUAUUCAACUGCUACUAUGUAUAUUAUGGUUGUCAUCUGAACAAAUGUGGGAAAUUUUGAGGUACUGUAGAGCAAACAAGUUACAUAUGAAUAUUCAAAAUCUUAUUGUCACUUACCUCCGAGCACUGGCCCUUCUGUUGUCCUGCGUUGAAAGUUUAAAGCCAGGUCAUUACUCUACUACGCUAAACCGGAGUAGUUUUCCGGCUGGUUUUCUGUUCGGAGCUGGAUCGAGUGCGUACCAGUACGAAGGAGCAGCACAUGCAGAUGGGAGGAAACCAAGUAUCUGGGAUACUUUUGUGAUUGAAAAUCCAGAAAAGAUUUCGGACCAUAGUACUGGGGAUGUAGCCGAUGAAUUUUAUUAUCUCUAUAAGGAGGAUGUUGGUCUGAUGAAAGAAAUUGGUUUGGACAUAUUCAGAUUCUCCAUCUCAUGGCCUAGAGUAUUACCAAAUGGAAAAAUCAGUGGCGGAGUGAAUUGGAAAGGUGUCGAUUUCUACAAUUCUCUGAUCAAUCAGCUCCUAUCAAAUGGUAUAGAGCCCUUUGUGACAUUAUUCCACUGGGAUGUUCCACAGGCCUUGGAAGAUGAGUAUGGUGGAUUUUUAAGCUCUGAAAUUGUGAAUGAUUUUCGUGACUACGCUGAUUUCUGCUUCCAAGAAUUUGGCGAUAGAGUGAAGUACUGGAUCACUUUGAAUGAGCCAAAUUUGUUUGGUAAAAAUGGGUAUGCAACUGGGUCGUUAGCCCCUGGUCGUUGUUCCAACUAUAUUGGAAAUUGCACAGAAGGAAACUCUGCAACCGAGCCCUAUCUAGUGACACACCACCUGAUUCUUUCUCAUGCAACUGCUACAAAUUUGUACAGGCAAAGGUAUCAGGCUUCACAAAAGGGAGCAAUUGGGGUAAUAGUAGGCACCAUAGGGGAAGUACCUAAAUAUCAAACAGUUUCUUGCAUAAAAGCUUCCCUGAGAGCUCUCGAUUUUGGUGUUGGUUGGAUUCUUCAUCCGAUGACAUUUGGUGACUACCCCAAGACUAUGAGAUAUUUAGUGGGGAAUAGAUUGCCCAAUUUCACAGAUGAACAAUCCAUUUUGGUAAAAGGUUCACUCAACUUUGUUGGAGUGAAUUACUAUACUGCGAGAUAUGUUGAGGACUCUAAUUCUAACAGUAGCCUCUUAAGUUACACAACAGAUAGUCAUGUUACAUAUUCCACCGAGAAAAAUGGGAUUCCUAUUGGUGAACUGAUAGGACCUAGUUGGCUUUACAUGUACCCGAGAGGACUUCGAGAUAUUUCUCUAUAUAUAAAGAAAAAAUACAACCUUCCCAUUUAUAUAACUGAAAAUGGAAUGGCAGACCCAAAUAAUAUUUGGAUACCAAUUGAUGAAGCCCUUAACGAUGGCAAAAGAAUAAUGUACCAUCAACUUCAUCUAUCAUAUCUCGUACAAGCUAUCAAGAAAGGAGUUGAUGUGAGGGGAUACUCUGUAUGGUCACUUCUCGAUGGUUUUGAGUGGACAUAUGGGUAUAGUGUUCGUUUUGGCUUCACUUAUGUAGAUUACAGUAACGGUUUGAAAAGAUAUCUCAAAAGCUCUGCUUUCUGGUAUCAAAAUUUCCUUCAAAAGAAAAAUGCAACCCUGGAUGAUCACUCUUUAUUGUUAUUCUCUAUGUAAUUGGACAUUUUUUUCAAUCACUCAUUUA